AUGGCAGCCAAUAGUUUUGACUGGGAAGCUCACGAAGAUGAGUUAGACCGUUUAUUCUUUUCUGGAAAUGCUGUCAUCAAGCGAGGAAGUCUCGAGCACAAAGAGUUUUGGGAAUUCUUUAGACGUUAUCGACUCUUCAAGAAACGUCGAGGAGAAUCGUCUCUUGCUCAAUCUGAGGAAAAUGACAGUAAAGUGAUGUCAUCAUCAUUGCAUCUACCUUCUGUGUAUGACAAACGGUACAGGAUCAACUUUUCUGUUCUUGACAAGGAUUUGAGUAAAAGGUUGAAGCAAUACACACAAGGGGAGACUAGAGACCGUUACUAUCAUAAGUCACGUCAUCAUUAUGAUGAUAAUACUCACAUUGGCGCUGAGCACAUGGACGAGUUUAGGAUGAUCAUAAAGCAUUAUUUGCACUUUUCUCAACGUCAGAAAUUUGACAAACUUGUGAGAAUUAGACAUGCACAAGCUACAUUGCCAAUACGCCAAUAUCGAGAUCAAAUCAUUGACACUGUGAGAGCUCAUCAAGUUGUUAUUGUGGCUGGAGAUACUGGAUGUGGAAAGUCAACUCAGGUUCCUCAAUAUUUGCUUGCUGCAGGUUUUAAACACAUUGCUUGUACCCAGCCAAGAAGAAUUGCUUGCAUAUCACUAGCCAAGAGAGUAAGCCUCGAGACCUUGAACGAGUAUGGAUCGGAAAUUGGUUUUCAGGUGAGAUUUGAAACAAGUAAGGCUGCUGACACUCGAAUCUUGUUUUUGACAGAAGGUCUACUUCUCAGGCAAUUGUCAUCUGAUGUUAACUUGUCUGGUUACGACGUUAUCGUUGUUGAUGAAGUACAUGAACGACACAUUCACACUGACUUUCUUUUGGGAGUUUUGCGCCAUCUUGUCAGUACGAGGCCUGACUUGAAACUUGUUCUUAUGUCUGCCACCAUCAACAUUGAGCUGUUCGCAGGCUACUUUAUGGGGGCACCUGUUAUACAAGUGCCUGGUCGUCUUUAUCCAAUUCAACUUGAAUAUGCUCCCAUGGUCCAGACUUCCUUAGCUGGUCCAGGACACCAUGAGAAUUUGAGCAAGGAGAAGUUCGACAGCAGUCAGUACCUGAGGAUUAUGCAGCAAAUUGAUCACAAGUACCCUGCUGGUGAACGAGGAGACUUAUUGAUAUUUCUGAGUGGGAUGAAAGAGAUAUCAGCUGUUGUUGAAGAAGCUCGUCUAUAUGCCAUGUCAACAAGGCGGUGGACAGUUCUUCCAUUACAUAGUGCUCUAUCAAUUCAAGAACAAGACAAGAGUUGCAAUUACUUGUAUGUGUUCACUUAUGUGGAUGAAUUAAAAAUUGGUUCGGCAACUGGUAGUCUAAACAAGCAGCAACCAUUGCUUGAUGGUAUAUAA